CAAACGAGCAGCCACAUCUCUUCAUUCUCCUUCCGCGUCGCCGGCGCGACCAGCCGCGUGCGACGAACAUCGCGACGCGUUCGUCCUUUUCCCGUUGGCGAGUCGACGCGCUACAUUGCCGCUUAGGGUCGAGUCUAGCGCCAGGACACUCCAGCAUUCGCGUCGGGUGCAGCAUAUUCCGCGCUCCACGGUCCGCGCAGCCUGGUGCUGCGUCGUCCGCGCGCCAGUUGACGUAACGCGCGCCAGUAACGACAGACGCCCGCCGUGCCUCAGUCUGACCAAUCGUCAAUAUGCCGGGCCUCAAUCUAACCGGUCUCUCCCGCGCGUCCUCCAGACGCCCCUCCGCGCGGAGGCGCAAGGCGGGGGCGCGGGAGGGCGGGGUGGUGCUGCCGGUGCGGGCGCUGGUGGCGCUGUGUGUGGCGUGCAUGGUGUUCGUGCUGCUGGCCGUGCUGGCUGUGCUACUGUGGGUUGUAUCCCUCUCGUGGCGGCAUCAGCAGCUGGCCACCACUCUUGCACACUCCAAUGCUGCUGCUGCUGCUGCUGCUGCUGGCGCGGGGAGUGGGUUGAGCGCAGGAGCGGCUGUAGGUGAUGGUGGUGGUGGUGGGAGGGCGAUGGAUAAAGAGAUGAACCCUGCAGACCCCAUGCACCACCAUGCUGCUCCCCCGGCAUCCCCUCCUCCUCCAACCAAGUCCGUGCGCAGGCGCCGCAAGGCCAAGCCCACUGACCUGAUAAACCAGCAGCGGUGGCAGCAGUUCUACCGUAACAUCGUGCUGAUCGUCAACUACAAGCGCCCGCAGCAGAUGGCCGUGACCCUGGACCUCCUGCACUCGCUGUACGGCGCGUUCUUCCAGCGCAUUCUUGCCGUGUCCGAGCAUGGGGACGCCGACCUUGGCGUGAUGGAGUCCCCGGUGAAGGAGACGGGGCAGGGCCAUGACCUCCCGCCCGGCUCGCUGCACUACAGUGUGCUGCCGAAGCUGCUGACUUGGCACCCCAUGGCGGAGGGCUUUCUAUGGAUGGAUGACGACACCGUGCUCAACUACUGGAGCAUGAGCCGGGAUAACAAGUCGCGCAUCUGGUUCCUGGGCCCCAUGCACAAGUCGUGGCGCGUGGCCAGCCUGGACCCCAAGGGCGGGGUGGCGGGGGGAUGGGGCGGGGAGGGGGGGGAAGGGGGGGAGCGAGGGGAGGAGGCGGCAGUAAAGUACAUGGAGGAUGCGAGUGAGAGGAUAGAGGAGAGUGGGGAGGCGCUGCAGCUGCUCAAGCAGGCUGUGGCUCAGGCGCUCUCUCACCUUCCCCCAGCGCACCUGCAGCAGUACCAGCAGUCCAUCGCCCCCAAGUCAAAUAUCUUCCUCCGGGCGGCAUCAGACAUCUUUUACAUCCCGCAGCGCCAUGCGCCUGCCAUGCGCGUCCUCGUCCCCAUCUUCGCCGACCAUCGCAUCGUGGCUGAUGUGGCUAUACCCAUGAUGCUACAUGCCUUGGAGCAUCCACGAGAAUGGGACGGUCACGCAUUGACGGAUGUAAUUUACCUCACAGGCACCGACGUCAACACACCUGCUAAAUUCUACUCCCCCCGUGUCACUGCCAUGCAUCCGUGGGGUUUAUCAGCGCACCAUCAUGGCUCCCACAUUAUUAAGGCAAUGUCCCAAGGGGACCCUUUGCUGGAGUCUACAAUUGAUGGAGAAAGGGUAGGAAAUUUGUAGUGUUUUCGACGUGGUCACUGUUCUUCAUGUAUUGAUUUCAUAAUUU